UUACCUGGUUUUUUACAUUUAUUAGUAAUUGUAAAUUUGUAGGUCGCACCAAUAAAUAUAAGAAUGUUAAAUGCCAUACCAAUUCCAUUUUUAUAUUAAAGUAUAAAAGUAAAGCGGACUAUUUUCACAACAUUCUUUUAAUGAAAUAUGUUUAGAAAGCUCGCUUGUUUUAAUAAUCAUAGUAAUGACAUAUUACAGCUUAUAUUUUGAAUGUGAUCUAACAAAAAAAAGUUCUCGUCAUGAUUUUAUGAUUUUUACAAUAUAUUGUAAAAGGAAAAAACAAAUAUUUCCAUUUACAAAAUCACAAUACAACUUUUCACUUUAUUAUUAUUCUAUGCUCAUGACAAAUUGAUGUUUAUACCUAAUCUUUGGAUGUGUCACUCACUGCAUGCUUUGUAAAUGUUCCAUGUAACGUUCCAUUUCACAUUUUUUGUUUACACUAAAAAUACGAAUUUAUAAUGUUGGGAUUAAUCAUUAUUAUUUUUUAAUUUGUACCAUGUAGGUAAUUAGCCUAUACAUAAAACAUGUAAAGGCUAAUUUUAAUAACAAAAGAAAAAACUAAAUUUUCAGGAGCUAUGAGAUGUUUUAAAUGUGUUACUUUUGUUUAAAUUGUUCAUCAUUUUUCUUUUACUCAUAAAUAUUAUAAAAUAUUUAAGUGUUUAUUUAUAAAAUAUAAAAGUGGUUUUACGCAAUGCGUGCAAUGCAAUAUUUUUAUUUUUGAGUUUUUUGAGGUCAUUCAACACGAAUACGAUUCUGCCCGAUGCGCGACCGAACGGGACCGAACGAACGUCACCCGAAACGAAACGGAAAGAAGGGCGAUGUUGCAUUAGCGAAGAAAGACAGCUGCUGUCGUUUCAUAUUCAGCUGAUUUUUGUGUACGCCAGCGAACACAGCAAAAUUAACCAAUUAUCGAAGCUUAUCGUGACGGCACAAUUCACAGGAACGCGUGGAAACAGUGCAAUCGAGGACAACGAAACGUUCGAAGAGAACAACGGAGAAGCAUCAUUCUGCUGCGACGAACAAAGGGAGAUGGUCCAUUGAGCGCGGACGGUGCGUAGCGGGCGGCCGUGACGUCACGAGGCCGCAGCGACGAGGCCGAUGCGGCGGGCGAGCUCGUGAUCUCGGCGCUCCGGGGAGCGCGGCGAGGACGCGGAGCGGAGCGGGCCAGCCUGGCCUCCACUGACUCAGGGUCGGGGGACGAGGGCGCAGGCCACCGGCCGCCGCGCAAGCGGACCCGCAGGCUGUCGCCGCCCGCCCAGCCCGCGGCAAUGCAUCAGCCGCACCAGCCGUGCGCCAAUGGAGCGCCACCCCUUCAUAUCAACGGGGACGCUCCAGCUAGCAAUGGCGACGUGCAGCCACCUGGCCUGCGUAUGAGCCAGACUGACCAGGAGAUCGUGCGGCUCAUCGGGCAGCACCUCAUGUCUGUUGGACUCGAGCGGAGCGCAGCGUCGCUGAUGGAGGAGUCGGGCCUUCACCUGGAGCACCCUGCGGCGGCGACGUUCCGUCAGCACGUGCUCGCGGGGGACUGGGUGAAGGCCGACCACGACCUGCGCGCGCUGCACGACCUGCUGCGCGACUCCUCGAGCCUCGAACCCCACAAUCUCGCGGAGAUGAAGUUCGCGGUGCUGGAGCAGAAGUACCUGGAGCACCUGGAGGCGGGGCGCGCGCUGGACGCGCUGCACGUGCUGCGCAACGAGCUCACGCCGCUGCAGCACGACACCGCGCGCGUGCACCGCCUGUCCGCGCUCAUGAUGUGCGCCGACGCCGCCGAGCUGCGCGCGCGCGCCGCCUGGCCCGGGCCCGCCAGCCGCCAGCAGGUGCUGCUGCAGGUGCAGCAGGCGCUGCCGCCGCGCCUCAUGAUGCCGCCCGCGCGCCUGCGCGCGCUGCUGGCGCAGGCCGCCGCGCACCAGGCGGCGCGUUGCCGCUUCCACGCGGAGCCCCGCGGGGAGCCCCGCCCCGACCACGUGCCCUUCACGCUGCUGGCGGACCACCACUGCUCCGCCGACCGGUUCCCCAUUCACUCGUUGCAGGUUCUAAACGAGCACUGCGAUGAGGUGUGGUACUGCAAGUGGUCGCCGGACGGCUCCAAGUUGGCGUCCGGCUCCAAAGACAACACGGUCAUGAUAUGGGACUACGACCCCGUCGCCAAACGACUCUCCUUCAGGAAAUCCUUGGAAGGCCACUCGUAUGGAGUGUCGUUCGUGAGCUGGAGCCCCGACGGACGGUACCUGCUCUGUGCCGGCCCAGAGGACUGUCCCGAUCUUUGGAUAUGGAACAUGCAGACGGAGAGCCUGCACCUGAAGAUGUCCCACUCGCAGGAGGACUCGCUGACGGCGGUGGCGUGGCACGCCAGCGGGGACAAGUUCGUGUGCGGCGGCGCAAGGGGACAGUUCUACCACUGCAGUCUGGACGGCGCGCUGCUGAACAGCUGGGACGGCGUGCGCGUGAACGCGCUGGCGUGCCGCAGCGACGGGCGCACCGUGCUCGCGGCCGACACGCACUACCGCGUGCGCGCGUACGACUUCGGCGACCUCACCGACCGGAACGUACUGCAGGAGGAGCACGCGGUGAUGGCGAUGAGCAUGAACGCGGCGGACACGCUGGUGCUGCUGAACGUGGCCAACCAGGGCGUGCACCUGUGGGACCCGCGCGCGCGCUCGCUCGUGCGCCGGUUCCGCGGCCUCUCGCAGGGGCACUUCACCAUCCACGCCGCCUUCGGGGGCGCGCACCAGGACUUCAUCGCCUCCGGCAGCGAGGACAACAAGGUGUACAUCUGGCACAUAAACGGCGAGGAGCCGAUAGCGGUGAUGUCGGGCCACACGCGCUGCGUGAACGCGGUCUCGUGGAACCCGGUGCACCACGACGUGCUCGUGUCCGCCUCCGACGACUACUCGCUGCGCCUGUGGGGGCCGCGCCACGCCCAGCCGCCCCAGCAGCCCUAGCAGCCCCGCCCGCCCCACCCGCCUGCCGCCCCAGCCCCGGCACCACUAGGAACGGUGUAUUGAAUCGUAUGUCGUGUCGACGGCCGCUAUCGAAGUGCGUAGCUUUCCGGUUGAAUUAACUUCACGAGACCAC